AUGGCCUUAUUAUUAAAAUUAAUUUUUAAAUUAAGAUACCUUUUUAGACUAGAAUUGAUAAGUAUCUUACUUAAUUUUUUUCUAUUCCUGUUUAAGCAAGUAAAUGCAGUGUCGUUAAGAAUUAUAAAAUGAUUUUUUUUAAGAAGCCUCUUAAAAAUCAAACUUGUCAAUAUGCAUUUUAGUAAAAGGAUCAAGUUUAUAAAAUUAAUGCCAAUUUGCUGAUGAAGAUUGAAAACUUAUUUUAAAGUCUGUACUAAAGAAAGAGGAGCGUUUAGCAAAAAUUAA